GAAUUUAGAUAGAAAUUACCGAAAAAAAAUAAUGAGUUUACACUGAUCGGCUACAGAUAACUUUUUUCAACCAUUAUGGCAGAUCAGUAUUCUCCACAUGGUGUUGCCAUGCGGUAGCGCGGCAGACAGGUGGCGCUAGUUCGCUGACUCCGGUGUGUCGGCCAGUCAGUCAGUCGGGAGGAACAGAAGUUUGUUCUGCGCUGUGUUGUGUUUUUACGCAGGCGCAGAUCAGGCUGUUUGUCCAGUUUCGUUAGAUGACUUGUACCUGUGAGGAGGUGGUGAUCUAGUUUCGGUUCUCCGGUGGAGACACAAAACUACAACCACCUGGACUGGACCUGUGCGCCGGUGGUUGGCGGCUUCAGAGGUGACAAGUCGCGUGUGUCACGGAAACGUCCGCUGCGGACUGUCGGACGGGAUUUCUCCGGGAUUUUAAAGUCGGUGCGCAACAGCGAGCCAAACAGGAGGAGGCAGGUGCACGGCAGAGGGACAGGACAGGACAGGGGGAGGAGGAGGGACGGAGGGAGGGAGGGGGGGCGCUCUGUGUUUCCGUAACAGAGUCCUGUCGCUCACACCGGACUCAGAGAUUGAAAAUCAACUGGUUGUCGCCUCGGUGGUGAAUUAGUAUGCGGCCGGAGUCUCCUCGCUGCCGCCGCCGCUGACAUCCACCCUGAGGACUGCGCGGCAGCCCUGAAGUCUCCGCCGUGCCUGCUGAGUGACUCCUCGCCCCGGGGAGGACGAGGAGGAGGCGGUGGCAGCAAAAGCGAGCAGACCAGAGUGUGGAGCAGUCUUCUCGGACAUAACACGGACCUCCUCGCCUUGUGGACCAGGAAGAUGAUGGGCUUUUUACGCCGGACAUUCAGUCGCCGCUCCCGGAGCCGCUUCCACACCAGGGAGAGGGACGAGCGGGACGGUAAAGGGGGAGUAGGAGGAGUAGGAGGGGGGUUGACAGGGAACCCCCUGCUGUUGGCCCACCAGCAGCAGGUCGUCCACGCGCCCGCCGUGGUCACCGGCGGAGCACCGGUUCACAUACCGGCGGGCGGAGCGGCGAGGACCACCAUCACCUGCCGCGUCUUGCUGCUGGACGGCUCGGAUGUCAAUGUGGAUUUGCCUAGCAAAUCCAAAGGUCAGGACCUGUUUGACCAGAUCAUGUACCACAUAGAUCUGAUAGAGACAGACUAUUUUGGAUUGCAGUACAUGGACACAGACCAAGUCUCGCACUGGCUGGAUAUGUCCAAGCUCAUAAAGAAACAGAUUCGAGAUGGACCUCCUUACCGACUCUUCUUCAGAGUGAAGUUUUACUCUUCAGAGCCAAACAACCUGCGUGAGGAGUUCACAAGGUAUCUGUUUGUGUUGCAGAUUCGACAAGACGUCCUGUCUGGCAAACUGAAAUGCCCAUAUGAUGUCUCAGUAGAGCUGGCGGCGUAUUGUUUACAAAGCGAGCUGGGAGACUGCGAUCCUCUGGAUCACUCUCCUGAGCUGGUGUCGGAGUUUCGUUUCACUCCCAAACAGUGCGCCACCAUGGAGGCGGACAUCUUCAGCAAGUGGCUGGAGCUCAGGGGAAAGAGUCCUACACAAGCAGAGGUUUCUUUUCUCAACAAAUGCAAGUGGCUGGAACUUUAUGGAGUAGAUAUGCACUUUGUCAAGGGCAAAGAUGGAGGAGAAUAUGCACUAGGUCUCACUCCUACUGGCAUCUUAGUAUUUGAGGGCUCCAACAAAAUUGGGCUCUUCUUUUGGCCCAAAAUCACUCGGCUGGACUUUAAAAAGAGUCGUCUGACACUGGUUGUGGUGGAGGAUGACGAUCAGGGUCGGGAGCAGGAGCACACGUUCGUGUUCCAGCUGGCCAGCGCCAAGACUUGCAAGCACCUGUGGAAGUGUGCUGUGGAGAGCCACGCCUUCUUCCGCCUACGACAGCCAGCCACGGGCAAAGCCAGCAGCAGCGACUUCACACGGCUUGGGUCUCGUUUCAGAUUCAGUGGUAAGACGGAGUAUCAGGCCACUCAUGGAGGAAGACUGAGGAGGACGAGUACAUUUGAGAGAAGGCCGAGCAAGCGAUACCCCUCCCGCACUCAUUCGCUGGGCAAAGCCGCCAUUUCUCCUGCCAAACCUUCACAUAUCAGCUCUCACACCAGCCCUGAUCCCAGCCUCCAUCCAUACCAGCACAACAUUCCCAUUGGCCGUGAGUCGUGGCGCACGCCCCACCCUGCACUCACACCCCCAGUUUACCUGCAGCCCUCCGGACACAUGCCACCGCACAGUUUCCCCCUGAGUGGUCCUGCUUCUGAUCAGUUCAGCAUCGAGGAGAAUGAGACUUUGUAUUCUGGCAAGAUCCACCACCAUCACCGGCGCCACACACACAGUCAAGGCACGCUCUGCCACAACAAGAACAAGCGACAAGCUCCCCACUGCCAAGCAGACGAGUUUGAGAUUUCUCAGUCUCUGCUCAAGGCUCUCGAGUCGGACAGUGAUUCUCCUCCCUGGCCCUCGCUGCCGUCACUUCAUGUCAACAUUGACAACAAGGGAGAGGAGAAACAGCUGUCUGAGAAGUCUCUGCAUCCCCCUGCCUCCCCAGCAAUGCUCCCCGACCGCCUUAAAUGUAAUAUCCUUAAAGCCCAGAUAGAGGCAGCUUUCAGAAAAGAAGAUCCAACAACUCCCAGAGGAAGGAACUCAAAUGAGACCCUCAGUGACAGGCAUCAGAGCUCAUCCCAAGACUCGGCUGCUUCCAGUUUUACUGCAGACAAGACGCCUCUGUGGCAAGAGCGCAGUCCAAUGCCAGACAGACUGCAGCCCAUAGCCAACCCAAGCACCAGCCGCAGAAAGCGACUGGUUAGACAGUUCAGCUUUAACCAUGAAGAUGAAGAUAAUCUUCCAGAAGCACUUGCAGCCAUCUCCUCUCAGAGCAUGGCCAAGUCAGGCUCCAGCAGCUCAUUGGACAAACAGAUACAGCCCUCCAUAUACCCACAGGUGGACAAUAUGCCAGCACUGGAGCUGGGUAGUCCAUGCUGUCCGUCUCCUUCACCUUCCCCCCACCCGUCCCCUUCUUAUUACCGUAGCGCCAUUCCUCACCUGGUCCCUUACCUUGCUGCCCAUAAUGACAGUGGAGAGGAAACCAGGUUGGACAGAGAGAAGAUACUCAGAGCGCUCCUGAUGACGGAGCUCUGAGACGUUGACCUCUGUCACACAAAAAGCUCAACAGGAGGUCCCCAAAGUUGUUGGCUGUGAUCAACAUUUGUAGAUUUGCAUAUACAUUCAGCAGUUAUAAAUAUAUAUUUGCAUAAAUGAAACUGUUAUUUUAGAUGGACAGUCCUUUCUAUUCAAUGAACUCAAAACUAUAAAAUAUAGACUAAAGUGACAUGAACUGAAAUGAUGCACACACACACACACACACA